UAAAGAAGCUAAAAUGUCGGGCGAAGAAACAUCUGCUGACCGUAAUGUGGAAAUUUGGAAAAUCAAAAAAUUAAUAAAAAGUCUGGAAAUGGCCAGAGGCAAUGGCACCAGCAUGAUAUCCCUGAUCAUACCACCCAAGGAUCAAAUAUCACGUGUUAGCAAAAUGCUAGCCGAUGAAUUUGGAACAGCGUCGAACAUUAAGUCACGGGUAAAUCGAUUAUCGGUUCUGGGUGCAAUUACCUCGGUACAGCAUAGACUUAAAUUGUAUACCAAAGUGCCUCCAAAUGGAUUGGUAAUUUAUUGUGGUACAAUUGUCACCGAAGAGGGUAAAGAGAAAAAAGUCAAUAUCGAUUUUGAACCAUUCAAACCGAUCAAUACAUCAUUGUAUUUGUGCGACAAUAAGUUCCAUACGGAAGCGCUAACCGCCCUGCUGGCGGACGAUAAUAAAUUCGGUUUUAUUGUUAUGGACGGUAAUGGGGCGUUGUUCGGUACCCUGCAGGGUAACACGCGAGAAGUUCUACACAAAUUCACAGUGGAUUUACCGAAGAAGCACGGGCGUGGUGGUCAAUCGGCAUUGCGAUUUGCCCGUCUGCGCAUGGAAAAACGUCACAAUUAUGUGCGCAAAGUUGCUGAAGUUGCCACCCAGUUGUUCAUAACGAAUGAUAAGCCGAAUAUUGCGGGACUGAUAUUGGCCGGUAGUGCUGAUUUUAAAACGGAACUGAGUCAAUCGGAUAUGUUUGAUCCGAGAUUACAAUCGAAAAUAAUCAAAUUGGUCGAUGUGUCAUAUGGCGGUGAGAAUGGUUUCAAUCAGGCAAUUGAACUGGCUGCGGAAUCUUUGCAAAAUGUUAAAUUUAUUCAAGAGAAAAAAUUAAUUGGUCGUUACUUUGAUGAAAUAUCUCAGGAUACGGGCAAAUAUUGUUUUGGUGUUGAGGAUACAUUGCGUGCUUUAGAAUUGGGCUCGGUGGAGACCUUGAUUUGUUGGGAAAAUUUAGAUAUUCAAAGAUAUGUCCUUAAGAAUCAUGCAAAUUCAACGGCAACCACGGUAUUGCAUUUGACGCCGGAACAGGAAAAAGAUAAAUCGCAUUUUACAGACAAAGAGACUGGUGUUGAAAUGGAACUGAUAGAAUCCCAGCCCCUGUUGGAAUGGCUGGCGAACAAUUACAAAAUGUUCGGGGCCACAUUGGAAAUAAUCACGGACAAAUCCCAGGAGGGUAGUCAAUUUGUGCGUGGUUUUGGUGGUAUUGGAGGAAUAUUACGAUAUAAAGUUGAUUUUCAAUCAUUACAAGCCGAUGAACCCCUGGAAGAUGUUGAUCUGGACGAUUAUUAAAUCUGUUAAUACCAUAUUUAUUAUGAAAAGGAAUAAGAAGAAGAUGAAGAA